AUGGAAACAUUCGGUUCCUCAACGAACAAGAAGAUCCUCUGCGUCGGUCUGUGUAACAUUGAUAUCAUUCAAACGUGCGCCACCUAUCCAAAGGAGGAUUCCGAUCAGCGUUGCCAAUCCAGCCGCUGGCAACGUGGUGGCAACGCAUCAAAUAACUGUACUGUGCUGGCCAAUCUGGGAGCGGACUGUGAGUUACUCGCUUCAUUCAGUGACUCUGCACAGUUUCAGUUUGCGCUGGACGAUCUGCGUCGAAGAAGGAUACAAUUCGCUCACUGUACUUUCCAUCGGGACACCGAAGUGCCGCUGUCGACCGUGUGGCUUAGUUUGGCAACUGGAACACGCACGAUUGUACAUAGCAAUCCCAAUCUGCCCGAGCUGACGGUGAAUGAUUUUGCGAAGUGUAAUCUGGAGGAGUAUGGUUGGAUUCAUUUUGAGGUACCCGAACAUCACAUUGCUCACAGGAUAUAG